AUGGAUUCCACGGCGGAGGGCGCGCGCGACGCGAAACGAGCGAGACUAACCCCAUCCCCACCCGCACCCGGUGACGACGCCGACCUGAUCAGCGGCCUCGACGACGACGUGCUCCUCCGCGUCCUCGGCCUGGUGGCGGACGUGCGGGACGCGGCGCGGACGGCCGCGCUCUCGAGGCGGUGGCUCCGCCUGUGGACCCGAGCCCCCGCCCUCCGUUUCGCCUCCCAGCCGGUGCCCAGGGCCGCAGCUAACGCCGCCGAAAGGCGCGCCGCCGUGGACCGGUACGUCGCCUUCGUCAACGGCAUCCUCGCCCGGCGCACCACCCAAUCCGACGACGGCGCCGCCGCCAUCGAGAGCCUGGCGAUCUCGUGUAGCAGGGACGACGUAUCAAUCGGCGGUGCCAACUCUGACCACGAUCUGGAACGACGGCUGAUGAUGGCGGCGUCCGUCGACGCGGCGCGAGGGUGGAUCCGGUACGCAUUUCAGCACGGGAUGAGGUCUCUGAUCCUCGACGUGCAUCUGAUGCCGGUGCGCCCGAGGCUCUGCGGAGAACGCGAGGAUGGGGAAGGGGAUGACGAGAAGCCGGCGGCGGUGCUUCUUCCCGACGACCUCCCUAGCCCCGCAAGGCUGGAGACUAUGCGCCUGUCGUUGGGCGGCGCAAGGCUCCGGCUCUCCUCCGCCACCGUGAAAUUCGCAUCGCUCAAGGAUCUCUCGCUCGAAAGGAUCAGGAUCGCUGACGGCGGCGGCGCUCGCCUCCUUGCCCGCCUCGUGUCGGCGGCGAGCUGCCCGCACCUGCAGAAGCUGCGCAUGAGCAGGCUCCGGUUUCCUAAUUUCGGCGGAGAGAUGCGGCUCGAAGCCGACGCGCUCUCCGAGCUGUGGGUGGAGGACAUGAGCAUGAUGUCGCUGGAGCUGAGCACUCCUGGCCUCCGGAUUCUGCACAUAGACGAUUGCUACCUCGAGGUGCUUAGCCUCUCAGCUCCGAGGCUGGAACAAGCUGCCUUGUUCUUCGGACAAGGAUCAGGAUGGCCGCUUCGGUUGUUUCAGGUCGAUGGGGAUUUGCCGUGCUUGCUGAGCCUCAAGAUCUGCAUGUGGGCAUAUCGUGCUCUUGACUUCCAUUGCAUAGGCGAGCAGAACGAUUGCUACACACUCCUCUUGAAGCACUGCAGCCUACGCACACGCCUUGAAGUCACUCUUGGCGGUGGAAAGAAUAAUCUGUCUAAGGAACACGAGGACGUGAUAAAAGAUAAGGUACCACACCUCCCUCAGAUCACAUCUCUGACUGUUAAUGUUUCUGAUGAAUUUGAGAGGCAUGACUUUGGAGCUGGCGUUGCAAGCCUCCUCACAAGAUUCACCAACCUUAGACACCUCAGCCUACAUUUACCCUUCUUCGUCACCCUGUACUAUGAUCUAGGUGAAGGAUUAGAUCUGGAAUGUGAUCACCCAGACCAUUGGGCAUCCUAUGAGAUCUCCAUGGCUCACCUGCAGGAAGUAGAGCUUACUGGGUUGACAGGAAUUGAUUGUGAACUCUGGUUCAUGGAAGCCGUGAUCGCAAGUGCCAGAAGACUUCGUAAAGCUUCUAUAAGUUUCAACACUGAAUGUUGGCAGCAUGAGUGCAAGAUGGAUGCAUUUGAGCGUAUGCUACUUGAUGAAGGAAUGCGGACUUCCUGUCGUGACAAAUUUAAGCUCACCUGUCUUAUUAAUAAGUGA